AUGGACUCCCCGCCAAAGCGAGCCCUUCCACGCUCAUUCUUCUUCAUCAUCUUCCUCUUCCUCAGACUCGAGGACGCUCUGGUUGGAGCCCAGCAAGGUAGCCUCUCUAUUUUUCUUCUCACGAUCCGAUUACAGCGUAUAAUCCGUGGAUUUAUGGGAUGCAUGCACCCAGGAUUCAUCAGCGUUGACUGCGGCCUGCCCAAUGGCUCGGGCUACCAAGAGAACACCACCGGGAUAACCUACGUCCCCGAUACCCAGUACGUCGACGCGGGGGAGACGAAGACCGUUGCGGCGGAGGGCUUCGCCAGGCGCUACCGGACCCUCCGCGUCUUCCCAGAAGGGGCCCGGAACUGCUACAACCUCCGGCCGGUGCAGCCGGGGGCCAAGUACCUAGUGCGAGCCGAGUUCUUCUACGGCAACUACGACGGCCUGCAAAACCCCCCCGAGUUCGAGCUACACAUCGGGAUCAACGUCAGGCUCACCAUCCGAUUGACGCUUAACGACAGGCCCGACUUCUCCGAGGUCAUCGUGGCGGACCAGGGGGACACCAUAUGGGUCUGCCUGGUCAACACGAACAAGGGGACGCCCCUGAUAUCGACGAUCCAGCUGAGCCUGCUCCCAAACUUCUUAUACCCCUACGCCAACGCGUCUCAGAGUUUGCUUCUCCAACGGCGCUAUAACUUCGGAACAAACGACGACCUGAGGUGAAGGGCAUCUCCAUGAAUCGUGCAUUCAUGGCUACCCCCAUCCCCCUCCUCUUCCUCUCAUCAUUAUGCAAUAAAAAAUAUAGAGUAGUUUGGGGGCUUCCUUCCAUGGGCGAUCGAUGAUCAGCAUGAAUCUGAGAAGAAAAGUCAACUGGCCUGUAGGUACCCAGAAGACCCCUACGACCGCAUCUGGGAGGGCUUGGUGGAGGAUUUACCUGUGAUUAGUACCACAGUCCCUGUGGCGACGACUCCAACUGACUCCUUCCAGGUAUCCUCGCUCGUUCUCAGGACGGCCAUCUCGGUUCAAAACGUCAGAUACCGCUUGAUCCUCCGGGCGGCCGUCGGAGAUCCGGACGACGUCGUCUACGCCGUCUUGCACUUUGCCGAGCUCCAGACUUUGAACCCCCCCAGCGAGACGAGGAUCAUGGACAUCCUCGGAGAGGGUAGCACUCAGGCGACUCUAAGGAGUUACAGCCCUCCGUUCCUGGAGGCAGGUCACGUAGAGAUCACCGACGCCGCAGUCGGACAAACGGGGAUAUACAAUAUCACCCUGAUCCCCUCGAUCGCAUCGACGCUGCCUCCGAUGAUCAACGCCAUGGAGAGCUUUCUGGUGAGGAAAGUCAACGAACUGCCAACUGAACUCGUCGACGGUGAGACCCGAUUGACCUCUCCGUUUAAUUUCGACACUCUAUUAAUUAUCUCGUCUCUCUGUUCCCUCUUUCUAACAUUUGGAAAAAAAAUGGCUAUUAUCCUCGUCUGAGUUUACAAAACGACUAGCGGCCUGACUGUAAAACCAUCCAUAUGAUCCUAGCAUCCUCAUCCUCAGGAACAGCCAAAAACUUUACCCCAGAUACCACGAUAUCAGCCAAAACUUUUUAGCUGGGUAAUUAGACACAAUGUGAUGGGAGGAAAUCCUGCGGUUCUAUUUGUUCAUAUCUUCAACUAUUUAUUUACCGCGAUCUUCUGUCCAGUUCGUGUCAUCCAAGGCAUCAGGGCAGCGUACAAGCUGACUAGAAAUUGGCAGGGGGACCCAUGUGUCCCAAAAGAUUAUGUAUGGGAUGGGUUGCGCUGCGACUACUUUGACGGCUUAGAAUCCCCAAGGAUCAUCUCUUUGUAAGUGAGUUGAGCCCAUUCGAUACGAAAAACCAAAUCCAAAUAUCCAACUCCUACCAUUUAUUUAUCUGAGUUGACCUUAGAUGAAUGAUACAGGAACUUAUCGUCGAGUGGACUAGUUGGUGGAAUUCCUGGCUCCAUUGCGAACCUCACUGCCUUAACAACCUUGUAAGAACUCCUCCUGUGGUUUUGGAAGCUUCAGCUGGAAGGGACACUUUUAAGGUUCAUAGUUUUUUGUUGUUUUCGUUGUUUUUUGUAGGGACUUGUCAAACAACAACCUUUCGGGCAAAUUUCCCGACUUCUUGGCCGAGUUACCCGCUAUCAAGUUUCUGUGAGUUUCAAGAUUUUGGCUUCUUCGGUUCAUAUCCUUUUAAUCUUAAUGAUAAAACGGUGUCUCUCACCCUUUCUAUCAGGAUUUUGGUAGGCAAUAAGAUCACUCUACCGUCUGAAGACCUUUGCGCAAAAGUAAUGAACGGGCGUCUUUCUUUAAGGUUCGUCCCUCAUAUUAUUUCAAAUGAAUCGUACCAGUCCUUACUUUUCAUUUGA